ACAAACCCAACCCCAAAUUAACCACCGACGUUUUCCUUCCUUCUCAAAUCCAUUAUUUCUCCAAAGUCCGAAACAUUUCUUAGCAUCACAAAAAUGGUGACCCCCAUGCAAAUGCUGUUCUCCUCUUUCCUUCUCCUCCUCGCAUUCCUUUCCUUCUCCACCUUGGCCGAUUCAAUACCAAUCGUCAAAACGUCAUCCAAAGACUUAGUGCCAUGCCAAAUAUGCAUUUCGUGUGCUAACCCUUGCCCCGUGUACCAACCUCCGCCUCCACCGCCUGUUGUCCUCUGUCCUCCACCUCCAUGGCGUCCUUCCCCCCCACCGGCUCCUUCCCCUCCUCCGCCACCUAAAGUCCCUCAAUGCCCGCCGCCACCACCAACCUGCCCCGAAUGCCCACCAUGCUACGAAUGUCCACCAGAUCCAAUACCGAUACCGCCCGGAGACCCGAUACAGCCUGGGCCCCCUCAAGGUGGCGUCAUCAGCGGUACAGUUUAUGGCCCGCCUAGCGCAGCUGGCGGGACGGUGCCUUACUUCCCUUAUUAUAAUAUGAACCCUUCAUCAUUUACUACUACUACCACUACUUCUGCCUCCAGCUCCAUUCAACGGAAAUUGUGGAGUGCUUGUUCCGUUAUUUCUCUGCUUCUUGCCACAUUAUGAUUCUUCUAAAUAUUGAGUGGGAAGAGAGCGUUAAUAAGCUAGAAGUGUUACUUCUAGUUCUAAAGUAGUUCCUGGAAAAGUAAAAGUACGUCCGAUUUAGUUUUUGAUGGAAUUUAACGUAUGCAGAAACUAAGUUCGUUUAUGAAAUUGAACGUUCAUGUUUGUACAAAUUAAUUAACUUUUGUAGCUCAACUUAAUUAUGUAUUCUUUGUGUUUGUUUGAAAAGUAAAUGGAUUUGUAAAGUUGUAAUUGGUUCUGUGUUAACUUAAUUACCUGUUUAAUGUGUUUCUUUGAUGUUAGUUGUCUAGCUCAAAAGUGUUGGUGUUACCCUUUAUGUAUAGUAUACUCUUUUAAUUGUAAAAGUUAAAACAUUUGGAUUUCAAUAGAAGAUUUACACCUUGUCAAUUAGUAAUAAGUAGAGCAUUUUUGCUUGUAUCUAUUCAGUGUAUGUUAACAAUGGAUUUGAUAGAAAUAUAGCCUGAUCUAAUAC